AUGAACUUAAGACUGCUUCAUGCUACUCUAGCAGUAAGGCUGAUACUAGCGUGUGACUACGUGCCUCCAAAACCGGAAGACGUUAUCAUUGCGAAGACGGAGUAUGCAGCAGGAUCGCGAUCAAAGAGAGAAGCAGCCUGGGAUUGGAUAAGGAUCGAAACUGAAUACGACUCUUCAUUCAAUCUGCUUACUGAAGAGAAGAAGGAGCUGCUAGAAGAUCUUAUCACGACUGCUCGCGAUUACUUCGAAACUACAGUCAAAGUACGCCGUCUCGCCAGCAUACAAUUAGCUCCCAGCUGCCAAGGGCAGACGCGAAAGUUCCCAAAUGACACUUACCUAUGUGCAGCAGACUGUGAAAAACGAUGUGGAGGAGCUAUUGCGUCACAAGACGCUCACUAUUUUAUGCACUGUGUAUGCUUGGAUAUCGAGUGUCCUACAAAGCAAUACAAUUGGGGAGGAAAACUAACCAGCGCUGACUUUGUUCUCUUCGUGUCUGUGAUAGAAGGAAAUUGUGGUAAACAAACAUUAGCUUAUGCUCAGCACUGUGCCCUCGACAAGGAUUCCAACAGACCGAUAGCAGGACAUGUGAAUAUUUGCCCGUCUCAAUUCCAUAAGAUGAAAUCAAAUGAAUUUGGACAAUGGAUAGCCACCAUCAAGCAUGAACUCAUUCAUGCAUUUGUAUUCUCAUCGUCCCUCUUUCAAUUAUUUCCAGGAGCAGGAAAAGUUCAGAGGUAG